GAAAACAGAGCAGUUUGUGGUAAUAAAUAGAGACUGGAAUAACAGCAUCUGGAUCCCACAAGAAGUCUCCAGGGAGACUACCAUUCCCACAACAAGGAUCUUUUGGACAUUUUAAAGGACUACACACAGGAGCUACUUUCUUCACAAGGGACCUAAGAUACUGUGGUUUGAUUUUUAAGUCAGCCCUUGUAAUACAGAUGUGGACUUCAGGUAGAAUGAGCAAUGCAAAGAACUUGCUUGGACUUGGAAUGUCCUUGUAUUUUUGGGGACUGAUGGACCUUACUACAACUGUGCUGUCAGGAAGUGCCAGGCCCCUCACUGAAGGGCAGGAAGACAACCUGUCAGACAAGCUACAUCAGCGCAUGAAGAGGAGCUGGGUGUGGAACCAGUUCUUUGUUCUGGAGGAGUACACAGGAACCGACCCUCUUUAUGUUGGGAAGCUCCACUCUGACAUGGACAGGGGAGACGGUUCAAUCAAAUACAUCCUCUCAGGAGAGGGAGCUGGCAUUGUAUUUACAAUUGAUGAUACGACAGGGGAUAUUCAUGCCAUUCAACGACUGGACCGGGAAGAAAGGUCACAGUACACCCUCAGAGCACAGGCUCUGGACAGACGAACGGGCCGGCCAAUGGAGCCAGAGUCAGAGUUCAUCAUCAAAAUCCAAGACAUUAAUGACAAUGAACCCAAGUUCCUGGAUGGACCUUAUAUAGCCUCUGUUCCAGAAAUGUCACCUGUGGGCACCUCUGUUAUCCAGGUGACAGCAACAGAUGCUGAUGACCCAACCUAUGGGAACAGUGCAAGAGUAGUGUACAGUAUUCUCCAAGGACAACCAUAUUUCUCUGUGGACUCUCGGACAGGCUUAAUUAGAACAGCUCUAAUGAACAUGGACAGAGAAGCAAAAGAAUAUUAUGAAGUGAUUAUCCAGGCCAAGGAUAUGGGUGGACAGCUGGGAGGAUUAGCUGGAACAACCACAGUCAACAUCACCCUCUCUGAUGUCAAUGACAACCCACCCAGAUUUCCACAGACCUGUUUUUUGCUCCCCUCUCCCUCUCUGCUGCUUGUACCAGAGCAUUAUCAGAUGAGCGUGCUGGAGUCUGCUCCUGUCAGCUCCACUGUGGGCCGCGUGGUUGCUAAAGACCUGGAUGAAGGCAUAAAUGCAGAGAUGAAAUACAGCCUUGUGGAUGGAGAUGGACUGGAUGUCUUUGAUAUUAACACUGAUCCUAAUUACCAAGUUGGCAUCAUAACUGUGAGAAAGCCUUUAAGUUUUGAGAGCAAGAAAAGCUACACCUUGAAAGUAGAGGGUGCCAACCCCCACCUGGAAAUGCGGUUCUUGAACCUUGGUCCCUUUCGCGACACCACCACCGUCCACAUCACUGUGGAGGACGUAGAUGAACCUCCUGUGUUUGAGCCCAGCUUCUACUUCGUGGAAGUGCCUGAGGAUGUGGAGAUUGGAACCACCAUACAGACCAUUAUUGCCAAGGACCCAGAUGUGACCAACAACUCCAUCAGAUACUCAAUUGACAGGAGCAGCGAUCCAGGGCGGUUCUUUUAUGUCGACAUUACAUCAGGAGCACUGAUGACUGCAAGACCUCUUGAUCGGGAAGACGUUUCUUGGCACAACAUCACUGUGCUGGCCAUGGAGCUGAACAACCCCUCUCAGGUGGGCAGCGUCUCCGUGACAGUGAAAGUCCUGGAUGUGAAUGACAACGCGCCGGAGUUUGCAAGGUUUUAUGAAGCUUUUGUUUGUGAAAAUGCCAAAGCAGGGCAGCUGAUCCAGACAGUGAGUGCCAUCGACAGGGAUGACCCACAGGAUGGUCAGCACUUCUACUAUAGCUUGGCUCCGGAGGCAGCUAACAACCCCAACUUUACUCUAAGGGACAAUCAAGAUAACACGGCAUGGAUUUUGACGAGGCGCUCUGGUUUCAAACAACAUGAGCAGAACACCUUUUACCUCCCCAUCCUGAUCAGUGACAACGGCCGCCCCGUGCUGAGCAGCACAGGCACGCUGACUGUGCACGUGUGCAGCUGCGAUGACGACGGCAUGGUGAUGUCCUGCAAUGCAGAGGCCUAUGUCCUCCCCGUCAGCCUGAGCAGAGGGGCACUCAUUGCGAUCCUUGCCUGCAUCUUUGUCCUGCUCGUGCUGGUUCUCCUCAUCCUGUCCAUGCGGCGGCAGCGGAAGCAGCCAUACAUCAUCGAUGAAGAGGAGAACAUCCACGAGAACAUCGUCAGGUAUGACGACGAGGGUGGCGGGGAGGAGGACACAGAGGCCUUCGAUAUUGCUGCCAUGUGGAACCCGCGGGAGGCCCAGUUGGUGGUGAAAAACCGGCAGGAUAUGCUCCCUGAAAUAGAGAGCCUCUCCCGAUACGUGCCUCAGGCGUGCGUCAUGGACAACAACGUCCACAACUAUGUGCUUGCUAAGCUGUACGAAGCUGACAUGGACCUGUGGGCACCUCCCUUUGACUCCCUCCAGACAUACAUGUUCGAAGGGAAUGGCUCGGUGGCGGAGUCACUCAGCUCCCUACAGUCGGUGACGACAGACUCAGACCAGAGCUACGACUACCUGACAGACUGGGGGCCGCGCUUCAAAAAGCUGGCCGAGAUGUACGGUGCUACGGACAGCAGUGGGGCUCUGUGGUAACAGACGAGGAAUGGCAGAGGGGUUUCCAUGCAAAACGGUGUCCAGUUAGGUCCAUUCUCAUCAAAUGCUUCCAUGAACGUGAGUGAGGCCUCCUAAAAAAUAGCAAUACGGUACUUGGAUGAGAAUGGGAAGAAGGGUGCGACUGAAGGUCUCUCUGGAUCAGCUUUACUCAGUUAAAUUAAGUCACAUUUGUGAAACAGUGUGAAGCAGAAGGAAGAAAGUUUUUUCCUGUUUCAUACAGCAAAAUUGGGAAGCUCCACAGCUGGAAUAUAAUGACAUUUAUUCUCUUUCUCCCUUUCUCUCUCCCUCGUACAUGGCAGCUUACUGAGCUCUGUACUUCUGGGUUCAAAGAUCUACGAACUCCAACUGUAAUCUCCAAUUCACUAAGAAAUUGCCAGCAGAGAAAAUCUGUUCCCCACCAGUUAUUUUUUCCACAUUAAAAAGGAAAAAAAAAAUAAAAUAAAUUGCUUGCUAACAAGAGGAAGAAAAAAAAAAGAAAAAAUCCCACAAAGCAGAAAAUUGAAAAUGGAAUCUCGGAAGGCUCUUUGUAAAGUAAAGCUUCUCUCUUUGUUGGCAACGGAGUCCUUUUAUAAUCCUUCAUAAACAAGGCUGAGGAGUUUUUUUCCACCUGGCUGAGAGGGCUGGGGAAGAGGCUUUGAAUUUCUGCUCUAGUUUAAUGGCUGAUCUAUAAGUCAUUGGCGUUAACACUAAUCCAUUUCCUAUCAGGAUCGUGUAAAUUUAUUCUUGGCUCCUUAAAACCAUGACUCCACUAAACUGUUCAGAACAAAACCAGAAAAUCUGCCUCUUUUGCACUGUAGAUGUCUCUUCCAUGUGCCAAAUGUGAAGAUUAGAUUCUACCAAUGAAAGCCAAAUAAAUUUUUAAAAAGAAAAAGCUAUAUUUGGUAGCUACAUGGGUUAGAUGGGCUUUCCUAAUCUGUGUGAGGUCAAUUCAAGGGAUGUUUACAUACUGUAGAUAACCUACUUGAACAAAUGCAGUAUUAUAGACCAAUAAAUGGAUGUAAGAAAAUUACAUGUAUAAGUUUUGUAUAUUUGUUAAUUUUGGUAAUAAAUAUGAUGUACUGCAUACAGUACAGUACCUUAGCACCUCUUUUAAUAAAAGUUAAACAGAA